UACAAGCUCACACCUACUACUGGUUCACUGAAGCCCUGCCGUUUGCCGUGCAGCAGCAGAAGCACUGUUAAUUUUGACUAAAGGACACAACCACUCUACCGGUCCCUUUGCCCUUGAGCAAGCAAAAUUGGUGAAUAUACAGGAACAAGGAAAAUCGAAUAUCUUUUGCGCAUUGCAUGAAAAUUUGCAAAUUUGCAGGGGAAUCCUCUGGAGUCACACCUGAGCCAAGCUGCGUUAUAUAUUCCAUACUAUCAAAUCAAAAUGCAGGGAAGGGAAAGAGAGAGAGGGGGAGGGAGGGAGAGAGAGUUUGGGUGGUUGGCUACUGCGCAGUUGGAAUAUGUUCUUCAUCGACGACUCUGAAUUCUCUGAUCUCUGAAGUCUGAACAUGUCCUAUCUUUCUCUACGCACACAGAGCUCUUGUCCUUUGCGUUCGAGAUGUCUACAUAAGUUGUGUGUGUCUUUCACAAUUUUGUUCGAGCAUUAAUUAUGAAUUCAGUGUUCCUUCUCUUUCUUUUUUGCUUCUUUUGUUGCGGGUGAAGUUCAAACCAUUUCAUCGUGUUGUGUGUUUGGAGCAAGCAUCGCUUUGUUUUUGUUCUGCUAAAGGUUCACAGCUCUCUUUGAAUGUUCUCACCGAGAAUCUUGAAAGAGUUCUUUCUCAGGGGAAGAAGAAGUUCCGAUUUUAGUUUCUGCAGCGCUCAAAAUCGCUUUUAUCGGCACUGGUUUUGUUUGACAGAUUGCAGAACUGAGUAAUCGAGUCCUCUGCAUCGGAAUUCUCCACCCAGUUCGAGAAAAACAAAGGAGAAGCGACUUGGUAAAAAUCCCAACUUUUCCUCAGAGACAAUGCAGGGUUCGCCGGCGCCGGCACCAUAUCCGGCGGCGAAGCCACCGUUUUCCGAGCAAGAGCAGAACCUGCGGUGCCCCCGGUGCGACUCCACCGACACCAAGUUCUGCUACUACAACAAUUACAACCUCUCGCAGCCGCGCCAUUUCUGCAAGAGCUGCCGGCGCUACUGGACCAAAGGCGGCGCCCUCCGCAACGUCCCCGUCGGCGGCGGCACUCGCAAGAGCUCCAAGCGCUCCGGCUUCUCCUCCUCUUCCUCGGCCGCUUCCAACCCGAAACGCUCCAAUCCGCCCAAAUCCUCUUCUGAGCUCUGCGGCGUGCCUAAGGCGGAGCUCAUCUCGACGAUCUAUCCGCCGCUCGACCCCGACCGCCACUUGCUCGACAUGCCCGGAAGCUUCAGCUCGCUGCUGGCGUCGGAGGGGGCCUUCGACGGCUUCCUGGGCAGCUUGUCUCCGCUGGGCCCCGCAGUGUUGCCGAUCUCGAGUGACGCCAUCUCUUCCUCGAUCGAGUUUCACGGGAUAGAAUUGCCCAACUUGUUUUCCGGAAAUAGCAACAAUGACGACGCGGAAACGCCGGCGGCGGAGGUCUUCGAUAGAUUGGACGGCGAUUCGGGAUGCUGGGCGUCAGGAUGGACUGAUCUCGCCAUUAACAAUCCUGGUUCUAGCUUGAACUGAAGAAAACCACCUUGAAUCCGGAAACAAAAAUGAAAAAGAUCAUUUUUUUUUUUUUCUUCUUAUUUUGUUUCACUGCUACAACAGUGUUUUGGUGCAGCUGUAUGGUACAAUUCCUAAGAGAACGAUCGAUAUAUGGUAGGAUUUGUGGUUACAGAUGCAGAUAAAUGCAUAAUUUUGGGCAGUG